AUGUUGGCCCGAUCUGUCUUGCGGAGUGUGCCGUCGAAGGCCAUCUCCAGGCAAUGCUUCCAGCAGGCUGCAAAGAUCACCGCUGACUCUUCCUCCCAGAGAUCGUCCUCCACCGCUUCCGGCUCGCAAACACAGUCUCCAUUUUACCUGACCUUAACCGCAUCGGCAGCUACGGCCACUGCCAUCGGCUCUAUGGCCUGGUAUUAUCAUCUCUAUGGAGAUGAAGCCUUUGCCAUGACUCCUGCUGAGGAGGGCAUCACUAACAGGCGUGAUAUCAAAAAUAGUCUCCACGCUACCCAGUACCCUUGGGAACACAGCAAGUGGCUCAAGACCUUCGAUCAUGCAGCCCUUCGCCGUGGUUUCCUCGUUUACCGUGAAGUUUGUGCUCAGUGCCAUUCUCUCAGCCGUGUCCCAUGGCGAUCAUUUGUUGGUGUCAUGCACACUGUCGACGAGAUGAAGGCAAUGGCUGAGGAACACGAGUACGACACCGAGCCCAACGACGAGGGUGAGAUUGAGAAGCGUCCUGGAAAGCUAUCCGAUUACAUCCCGGCUCCCUACAAGAACGACGAAGCCGCCAGAGCUGCCAAUAACGGUGCCUUGCCCCCAGAUCUCAGCUUGAUUGUCAAGGGCAGACACGGUGGCUGCGACUACAUCUUCUCGCUCUUGACCGGCUAUCCUGAGGAGCCCCCAGCUGGCGCCAGCGUUCAGGAAGGAUUGAACUUCAACCCCUACUUCCCCGGUACAGGAAUCGCUAUGGCCCGUGUUCUUUUCGAUGGUCUUGUCGAAUAUGAAGAUGGAACCCCUGCUACCACCUCCCAAAUGGCCAAGGAUGUUACUGAGUUCCUCAACUGGGCUGCCGAACCCGAGAUGGAUGAUCGAAAGAAGAUGGGCAUGAAGGCUGUAGUCCUUCUCAGCACUCUCUUUGCCAUCAGUGUCUGGGUCAAGCGAUACAAGUGGGCCACUAUAAAAACGAGAAAGAUUGUCUACAACCCACCAAUUGGCCCUCGGCGAUAA